UUUUAAAAUUUGAUAUCAGGCACUAAACAUGAUGAAACAAAGAGACUGGAAUCAGUCGCAAAACCUUCAUCUGUUGUGCACCCAAUGUGAAAAUGUCCACAUUUUACGUUCCUUCAUCUUCAAUUUAUCUGCCGUCAUCCUCAAUGGUGGACGACGAUAUCGAGAUUAAACCACCAAUAGAUUUGAUUCCGGAUGAAUACACGAGAAACGGAAAUUUUAACUUUUACGUUGAAGCCUUUUUCAGCGACAAUGACGAAAGUGCCAUUGAAUUGUUGCACUCUCUUGAAGAGUUGAAUUUUCCUGUCAAAAGAACCGCUUUAGAUAACCCAGUCUUUGAUCCCGAGUGGAUAACGAGAGUACAGAAAACCGUAAACGACAAAGAGUACGAUGGGAUUCUGCUUCUGUUCGCCAAAAUGCAUCUUGAGUUGCAAGAAAUGAAAAAUAUUUGGAGUCAAUUUACCGCAAAAUACUGCCCCAAGCUGAAGAACAAGCCCAAGAUUUUCAUCUUCCAGGUGGAAAGUCAAAAAGGAAGAUCAGUGCAAUCAGAUAGCACCGCUAGGAAACUAAAAUGGCCAGCCGCAUAUGAGACCCCAUCUGAAGCAGACAUACUCAUUAUUCAUGACAAAUAUGACGAUGGCAAAACCGAUCUGUUGAGGCAAUUGAGCGCCAAUGUGAAAGAGUACGGAGAACAGGAGAACAUAAUCACCCUAAUCAGUCUCGGGUUUCAAUGCAACUAUCAACCCUUACUAAUAUCGACAAUGACAAAGAGUUUCUUUUUCCAAUUCCACUCAUAUCGCGGAAACCAUUUAAACAUUCGGAAGAGUCAGAAGUGGAUCAUGAAGGAGAUUGAAAAGCUGAAAUCGCAGAAUUUACAGUAACUAUCUGAAAAAUCAGACGAGCCAAAGUGCCUUCUACAGAAAAUAUUGUUACAAAAGAAGGCUAUAAGGGACAGAUUGGGUCUACAUAUCCUUGGAGUUCAGGCUGGUUCUUCUCGCCAAAGAAAUCACCACAGCUAGUGGAUAAAAUAUACGAUUUAUACCUACAGAAA